CAGCGGCUGGGUGGGAGGCGGCGGCCGCGGCGAUGGCGGACAGCGCCAGCGAGAGCGACACGGACGGCGCGGGAGGCAGCGGCGUGGCGCCGGCGGGCUGCGCGGCGGGCCCCGGCGCCGGGGGCGGCAAGGCGGGCGGCAUCGUGAUCUCGCCGUUCCGGCUGGAGGAGCUGACGAACCGGCUGGCCUCGCUGCAGCAGGAGAACAAGGUGCUGAAGAUCGAGCUGGAGACCUACAAGCUGAAGUGCAAAGCGCUGCAGGAGGAGAACCGCGACCUGCGCAAGGCCAGCGUCACCAUCCAAGCAAGGGCAGAACAGGAAGAGGAGUUCAUCAGCAACACUCUAUUUAAGAAGAUUCAAGCUUUGCAGAAGGAGAAAGAGACACUUGCAGUAAACUAUGAAAAGGAAGAAGAAUUUCUCACUAAUGAACUCUCAAGGAAACUGAUGCAGCUACAGCAUGAGAAGGCUGAACUGGAGCAGCAUUUAGAGCAGGAACAGGAGUUUCAAGUGAACAAGCUGAUGAAGAAAAUUAAAAAACUGGAAAACGAUACUAUUUCUAAGCAGCUCACUUUGGAGCAGCUAAGACGAGAGAAGAUUGACCUUGAAAAUACAUUGGAACAAGAACAAGAAGCACUAGUGAAUCGUCUCUGGAAGAGGAUGGAUAAACUUGAAGCAGAGAAACGAAUUUUGCAGGAGAAGUUAGACCAGCCAGUCUCUGCUCCACCAUCACCCCGAGACAUAUCAAUGGAAAUAGAUUCCCCAGAAAAUAUGAUGCGACAUAUCAGAUUUUUAAAGAAUGAAGUAGAGCGGUUAAAGAAACAACUAAGAGCUGCACAGUUACAACAUUCAGAGAAGAUGGCACAAUAUUUAGAGGAGGAACGUCAUAUGAGAGAAGAGAAUUUAAGGCUCCAAAGAAAACUGCAGAGGGAGAUGGAGCGAAGGGAAGCUCUAUGCAGACAACUGUCAGAAAGUGAAUCCAGCUUAGAAAUGGAUGACGAAAGAUAUUUUAAUGAGAUGUCUGCACAAGGAUUAAGACCUCGCACUGUGUCCAGUCCAAUCCCGUAUACACCUUCACCAAGUUCUAGCAGACCUAUAUCACCUGGUCUAUCAUAUGCAAGUCACACAGUUGGUUUUACACCGCCAACUUCACUGACUAGAGCCGGAAUGUCUUAUUACAACUCCCCAGGCCUUCAUGUGCAACAUAUGGGACCGUCCCAUGGAAUUACAAGGCCUUCACCACGAAGAAGUAACAGCCCUGACAAAUUUAAACGUCCCACUCCUCCUCCUUCUCCAAACACGCAGACCCCAGUCCAGCCUCCACCUCCACCUCCACCACCACCUGUGCAGCCUACAGUCCAAUCAACAGCAUCGCAGUCAGCCACUUUUCAGCAUUCAGUGCAUCCCUCCUCUCAGCCUUAGUGCAUGUGCUCAGCAGUCUAUUCAGAGUUGGACUCAUAACAUGGAGCGGUUUACUAAACGCCAAAGGCUUACCUGGCAUAUUUGGAUUUGACUUACUUGCACUGAGGUUAUAUAGGCUUCACUGUUAAUUGUGUUGUAAACAUUUGUCUAAAAAUGCAGCCAGUGUUGUGGGUCUACAACACUAACUUAACAAAAUUUUCCAUCAGUGUUUACUUGAACUACAUGUAUGUCCAUUCUCUGGCUGGAACAUUUGCUACUCUCUUUGGUAAUACGGCAUUAUGUCGUUUUGCUUGGCUCCAAAGCUUCAUUUUCCUGGCUUUUAGGUUUGUAAAAUUAAAGGGAUAUCUUUUUAUAUUCUUUUCAUGACAAUUUGCAUAAAAUUACAGGCAUGAUGGGCUAUAUUAUAAAUUCCUAAAUAUUAACAGUGUUUACCAAGCAUAUGGUAAAUCAGCACUACAUUUCAGUAAUCUGAAGAUACAGCUUUUAGUGCAAAAGUGAAAGUCAGACACGUUAAUCAGUGCCCUAGACUAUACUCUAUUGUAUCACCUAAUAAAUAAGCUUAAUACAGGUUCAGUAGUCAACACACAUGACACAUUAAUACUUUUUCCUGUUUUAAAAUAUAAAACCAAAACCUCAAAUGUAUGGUGCAGUCUGAAGUUAAAUGUGGGGAAUCUAACUUGUCAAAGUAUAUGGAAUGUACAAGUCAUGACCUUAAGAUUUGAUUGUCUAAUUUAUCAUUUACGUUAACUUGUAAGCUGUCCAUACUGUGUGUUCUGUCACAGUGAACUUCUAUAAGUGUGGUCCUGCCAGCAAGUUACUGGUGGCUGAUUAAAGUGUGCUUUGAUUUCUGCUGCAGAAGGCAAUGUGAUUGUAGAGAACAGCUGAUUUUUUUUCUUGUUGAAAUAUAUUAAUUGUGAUUUCCCCUAAAACAAAGUUUGAACAACUAUUUUAAAUGUUCAAAAGACUAUUAGAGAAUAUGGUAUAAGAUGAAUAUUAUAGGAAUAUAUUGGCAUAACAGCCAAAAAUGUUGUAUUGCUUGGUAGAAACAAAACAGAGUACAGAGAAAGUAGCACAACAUGGCACUAAUGAAUGCUUAUUUAGCAGCCUAAGCCGGUACAAUGUAUAAAGAAAUGUAUUCUGAAUACAUUCUUUCCAUUCAUUUAGCACAAAUAAAUUGUUUGGUUUCACUUUGCAGUGGAACAGA